GGUUUUACAUUUCAGGUAUUUAUUUAAGGUUCUUGUUUGUGCGAGAAGGCACGCCCUUCACCAUGCGUAAUAACACCGGAUAUUUGCGGCGUGAUGACGUCAGAGGCGCCGGAAACAGCUGGUGGAUUAGAAAAGGAUUGGCCGAGCUGAACCUGUUUCCAUUUGGACAUAUAACCUGAGAAGCAGCCAGGAUGCCUCUGCUGUUUCUGGAGCGCUUCCCUUGGCCCAGUUUACAGACAUACAUAGCUCUGAGCUCAGUUCUGCUUGUUGGGACCAUCUUAAGUGCCUACACCACAGUCAGAGACUCGCAGUACAACACUGCCCUGACUGAGGACACGCAAAGUGAAUCACAUCAUGAGGAGAUCAAGCUGGGAAGCCUGGCCACCAAUGUGCUACUCUAUCUCAUCACAGACACUCUGUUUGUCUGGGUGAUGGUCAACACUGCGUGCUGCAUCCUCAUGUUGAUAGCUAAAGUGAUCCAGUGCAUUGUAUUUGGACCAUUGAGAGUCAGCGAGAAACAGCAUCUGAAAGACAAGUUCUGGAACUUCAUCUUCUACAAGUUCAUCUUCAUCUUUGGUGUGCUGAAUGUGCAGCGGGUGGAGGAGGUGGUGCUGUGGUGUCUGUGGUUCUCCAUGCUCAUCUUCCUCCAUCUGAUGGUGCAGCUCUGUAAAGACCGCUUUGAAUAUCUGUCAUUUUCCCCCACCACACCGAUGAGCAGUCACGUACGUGUCUUGGCUCUGCUGGUGUCCAUUCUCAUGUGCUGUGGUGGUAUAGCAGUGCUCUGCGGUCUUGUCGGGCAUCUUCAAGGCAUGCACACAGUGGCUUUUAUGGCAGCUGAGUGUUUGCUGGUGACGGUACGCACAGGCCACGUUAUCAUAAGGUACUCCAUUCACCUGUGGGACCUGAACCACCAGGGCACCUGGGAGAACAAGAGCUCAUAUAUCUAUUAUACUGACUUUAUCAUGGAGUUGGCCAUUCUCUGUCUGGAUCUGAUGCAUCACAUCCACAUGCUGCUCUUUGGCAACAUCUGGUUGUCCAUGGCCAGUCUGGUGAUCUUCAUGCAGCUGCGUUAUCUCUUCCAUGAGUUCCAGAGGAGAAUUCGCCGCCAUAAGAACUACUUGCGUGUCAUUGACAAUAUGGAGUCCAGGUUUGCCGUGGCAACGCCCCAUGAGCUGGUGGCCAAUAAUGAUGACUGUGCCAUCUGCUGGGAUUCAAUGACUUCAGCACGCAAGCUUCCCUGUGGGCACCUGUUUCACAAUUCCUGUCUGAGAUCUUGGCUCGAGCAAGACACUUCCUGUCCCACAUGCCGUAUGUCACUGAACAUCAAUGAAGGCACAAGGGAGAGGGGGGAGGGCCAGAGAGAGCCGCUGGUUGAGAACAUGGCCGCUGGGCCAGGAGUGGAUGCCCGACAGCAUCUCAACCAACACAAUCACUUCUUCCACUUUGAUGGGUCCCGCAUUGCCAGCUGGCUGCCCAGUUUCUCUGUGGAGGUCAUGCACACCACUAACAUCCUGGGCAUCGUGCACGCUAACAACUCGCAGCUCAACGCCAUGGCCCAUCAGAUCCAGGAGAUGUUUCCACAGGUCCCUUAUCAUUUAAUCCUGCAGGAUUUACAACUUACACGCUCUGUGGAAGUCACCACCGAUAACAUUCUGGAGGGAAGGAUACAGGUGCCUUUUCAAACACAGCCUGUGGAGCGCUCACCCAUACAAGUAAACCCUGCACAUGAAGAGCCAGAGGGUCCCAGCAGCAGUUCAGAGGUCACUGCUGAGGCUGAAGACUUCGAGGUGCGGGGCAGCCGCUUUUCCAAAUCUGCAGAUGAGAGGCAAAGGAUGCUGCUGCAGAGAAAGGAGGAGUUACUCCAGAGAGCUCGCAGGCGUUAUUUAAACAAGAAGCCUGAUGAAGAAGAUCUCUCGUCUGCUGUCGAGCACGAGGAGGUACAUGAUUUUGUAGAGGAUGAAGACUCUGACUCGAUGACCCUGAGGCGCAGGAGGCUGGCUGCCGCAGCCGAGAGACGUAUGCAGAGGAGGACAGACCCACCUCUGUGAGAUGAGCUCCACCCAUCUGCAUGUAUCCAGCAACGCCCACCUCUAAUCCUGCCCAGGGAGAAAUCAUUGAAUAGGAAGUAGCCUUCCUUAUUCCACCCAUCUUAAGCCGAGCAAAAACAUGCAUGAUGCGCCUGUGCUGUGAUACAGCCGUGCCCGAUUACCAAAAUAAAUAAAAAACUAGACAUAAUUUUUGCCCAUUUGUGCGACAUUUAUGCCUCAUGAUUGAGUUUUUUCCAUCAUAAAAAUAACUAGGUGUUGUCUCGUAGCGGUGAUUUACAAUGAAGAUGACAGACUAGAUAACUGAGUCAUAAAAUUAAACGUAAUUGUUUGACAGCUGCUGAUGUAUUUUGGACAGCAUUAACAUUUCUGAGAUAGAUUUGAUUUCUUUUCAUUUUUGAAAUGCUGCAUUUCUUGUGUUUCUUUCGACCUGUUUAGUUCACAUGUUUAAUUUUAGAAUGAAAAAAAUUGUGUAAAAUUGACAAUUUGGAGUAUUUCGUGUACUCAAUUUGGGACCUGGCUUGGAUUAGAGAUUAGGCAGUGAACAGUGGGCUGUGUGUGAGAGUUUUGUUGUUUGUUGCUUUGGCCAAGAAAGAUCCAUUAUAUUUGGUUGCUGGUUAGUGUUUGGAUCAGCCUGUAGUUGACUUAUAAAACUAUGGACACAAUCUUGAGAGUUUGAGCUCUUAUAAUGCCAUCGUGGCAUUUAGAGCCUGAAGAUAGUUAAAAAGAAAAUUGGCGUAGAUCGUGGUAGCUGCUUUAUGCUGGCAUUGUGACGAAUCACAUGAUAUGUCCAUAGUUGUAUGGUGAUGUUUUUCUCGCCAUGACAGUGUGGUCUUUAAACUGUCGACUCGAUGUGUUGCUCUUUAUUUUGUGCAUGGGCGUCAUUCAUAAAACACGAGCAGAAUUCAUUUUUGCCCUCAAAAUCCUUUAUCGUAAAUUAUUUUUCGUUUUCUCAUAAUUUGCCAGUGUAGUAGAAUUUUAUUUAAGAUCCAAACUAUUUCUGUAAACACAUUUUAGUAUCAUACAAUUUUGCAUACCGUAUGUAGUUUUAAGUGGAAAAUGUGUUUUUGUGUGUAUUUUUAAUGGAAAACAUUUAAAUCAUUUAAAACUAUUUUGACAUUGCGUUUAAUUGAAUUGGCAGUUUUAUGACAAAUUGGUUCACCUCGUGUUUCAUGUAUAAGACCCUAUGUGAACUCGGAAGCAUGUUUUGGACAGUGUAUACAUAAAAAUGGUUAUUAGGUCAGUUUUGUAGCAUUUUGUUGUCAGCAAUUUAGUUCAGUUCUAUUUAAAUGGUUUUAAAGACAUGUAUUAUUCACCGUACUAAUGUGCUAAUGCCUAUAAAUGAUUGUUUCUAUACUGGCCCUUGACAUUCAGAAGAACUUCUCUCAAAUAAGCAACAGAAUAAUUUGGCAUUGCAGAUAUUUGCAAAUUUGAGCUUUUUUUUUAAAAGUUCAUAUAAAUGCACGACUUACUUAAAAAAAGCCUUUUGUUAAAUCAAGCAGGACCACAAGCCAGUCAACAUUAUUUCAUUGAGAAUGACUACGUAGCCCCAUUGUGGAUUUCAUAAAAAAAUCUUUGAAAUGUCUACUGUUUUACACUGUGAAUAUAAUAUUUCUGCCAUUUUAUGUGGAUAUGUUGUUAUAUUAGUGAAUCAUUGACUGUUAAUUAUGUCUAUAGCCCAUUUCUAUAAAAUUUUCCCAAAGAGCUUUGUUUCUGGUUCAUUUUCUUCAUGAAAGGUGGACAUUGUGAAACAUGUCAAAUUGACCGCUGGCCAAUGUUGAACUUGUAUGUUUUGGUUGCACAGAUGCAUCUUUAACAGUAUUUCAUAAACAUAAAAAAUGAAAUAUUCACUAGAUUUAUUCAGAUAUUAAGUCGAUUGAUGUUCACGCUAUUUGUUGAAGUAUCAGAUUGCUUUUUGUACACAAUUCAUUAUUUGUGCCUGAAAUUAACAGUGGAUUUAAUACAAGUUUAAAUGUAAAUAAUUUUGUAAUUAAGACUGUUUAAUACAUGUUCAAAUGACCUUGUACAAAAUAAAAGUCACAGCUGCUUUAGAAGCUUUUAAGCAUAUUUGUGA